AUGGUGGGGCCCGCAGCAACCACUGUGCGCUGCCGGAUAGCAAAUAGUCGACCACUUCUCUGCACAGAUCGAAGAUGGGGAAAAGGGGGAGGCACGGCACAUCGCCGGCAUGAAGCCGGCGACCUCGUUGCACCCCUAACGACGGCAACCGUCCCAGUACAGGAUGGCUCGAAGGCCACCAACACAGGAAAGAAAAAAAAUAGAGAGGCAUACCACCGACUUGAAGCCGACGGUAUUCUCCGCCGUGCCUCGUCAAACCACGCCGCUGCAUCCCCCGCUAGCACCGGCCCGCGCACCAGCCAGCAGCCGUGUUGGGCCGUGCGCCUCCCACCGCCGUCGUCGCCCGAAGUGACCGCCGGCGCCGCCCCGCCCCCGCACGAGUGCCGCCCGAACACGGGCACCGCCCGAACCGCCCCGCCGCAGGCUCAGUCGCUCCUGCCCCACACGGGCACCGCCCGAACCGCGCCGCCGUUACUGCUCCCGCACGAGCGCAGCCGCGCAUCGCGCCGUCCGCCGCUCCCGCCCCCGCACGAGCGCCGCCCGAAUGCGGCUCCGUCGAACUGA